CGGCUCCUCCCGUGACUCCCAGCGCGGCAGGACCGCCUCCCGCUUCCACCCGCACAUCCUGCCUGGCCUCGCCUCAGCUCGCCCGACCCGUUCCAUCCCGGCCCGCCCCGAUCCCAGGCGAUCCUCCCUCCUCCCCGGGAACCAUGCCCAAGAAAGGAGGGAAGCAUGCUGAAAUGGGAAAAGAAACACAGACACAGUGUAAACGAGCAAAACUGGAAGCAGCUUGUUCUCCCUCAGUCCUGAGUUUUGAGAACCCAGACAGCCUCUUCGGGAGCUUGAUCUCCCCCAUCAAAGAAGAGGUGUUUUUCAAGGAGUACUGGGAGCAAAAGCCACUGCUUGUCCAGAGAAAUGAUCCCCUGGUGGCUGCUUACUACCUGUCCCUGUUCCAGCUGUCAGACUUGAAGGAGCUGUGCAGCCAGGGCCUGUACUAUGGGCGAGAUGUGAAUAUCUGCAGGUGUGUGAAUGGAAAGAAGAAGGUUUUAAAUAAAGAAGGCAAAGUGAAUUACAUGCAGCUGAAGAAGGAUUUUGACCAGAAAAAGGCAUCAAUACAGUUUCAUCAGCCUCAGAGAUUUAAGGAGGAGCUGUGGAAGAUUCAGGAGAAGCUGGAGUGCUACUUUGGGUCUCUGGUGGGGUCCAAUGUUUACAUCACUCCCCAGGGAUCCCAGGGCCUUCCUCCUCACUAUGAUGAUGUUGAGGUGUUUAUCCUUCAGCUGGAAGGCGAGAAACACUGGCGGCUCUAUAAACCAACGGUGCCUUUAGCUCGGGAAUAUAAUGUGGAAUCAGAAGAUAGGAUUGGGAAUCCCACACAUGAGUUCAUAUUAAAGCCAGGUGACUUACUGUACUUCCCAAGAGGCACCAUCCACCAAGCUGACACUCCUCUUGGGACCUCCCAUUCAACACACGUGACCAUCAGUACCUACCAAAACAACUCUUGGGGAGAUUUCUUACUGGAUGCAAUUCCUGGCCUGGUGUUUGACACAGCAAAAGACGACGUGGUGCUGCGGACGAGCAUCCCGAGGCAACUGCUGAUGCAGGUGAAUGCAGCUGACUCCACCAAAAAGCUGAGCAGCCUUUUGAGGAGGCUUGCAGACCACCUGGACCACACCAGGGAACUGAGGUCAUCUGACAUGAAGAAGGACUUCAUUACGCACCGGCUGCCGCCUUGCUUGGGAUGUGACUCCGAUUCCUUGACUCCAGGUGGGAAAUUGCCAAAAAUAGACAGCAAAAUCAGACUGCAGUUCAGAGAUCACGCUCUCAUCUCCGUGGAACCAGAUCAAGAGAAUGCUGAUGAAAUUCGCAGGGAGAUGGUUUAUGUGUAUCAUUCCUUAAGGAACAGGAGAGACACUCACAUGAUGGGGACAGAUGACACUGCCAGUGAGGAUGGCACGGCCCAGCAGACUCACGGGCUGCGCUUUCCUUUGUCAUACUUGGAAGCACUGAAGCAGAUUUGGAGUAGCAGCACUGUUCAUGUUAAAGAGCUUAACCUCACCUCAGAUGAAGAGAAGGAAAACCUUGCCUUGUCCCUGUGGAGUGAAUGUCUGAUUGAAGUUCUUUGAUGCUUCUGUGAAUUAGCUGCUCCUCUAAAGGAGCGUUUCUGUCUAUUAAGCAUCUCCUGAGAGCGAGGCUUAUUAAAUUACUUUUUUAUCCAUCCGGCCUCUGGUUUGUGGUGCUGUCUAAACAAAUACUUGCUUUUCUUUCCUCAGUUUUAGGAAACUGGGCAUGGGGAAAACAGGUAAUCUGCUCACUGUCUAGUGAGCCACAGCUCCAUGUCUGGGAUGCACAAAGUCACUCCUAGUAACACCAGUGCUGUGGUAUCCCCUUCCCUCUGGAGAGCUGCUAAAGUUAUACAUGGGGCAGGAUCCAGAACCUUGGGCAUAGAACAGUAACUUGUUCUUUUUCAUUUGUAAAGUUCAGCAGCAAGAAAACACGUUUGUUCAGUUUGACUGCCCUGACAGGACAGAAGCUUCUCAGUAGAAGCUGUGUGUGGUGUUCCCAAAGGGGGAAGAUUUUGCCCAAGAAAACCCCUUUCCUCUCAGAUGCUGCCAACACUGGUGCUCCCCCAGCACCAAUUUUAAUGUCAAAGUAACCCAAAAAACCUCUGACUGGAGCCUGUAUCUUCAAUGCUCACUCAAGUGGGUUUUGAUGAGUAGUGCAGUUACCUGACUAUUAGAAAUCAAUGAAGUAUUAAACUCACGUGACAGCAGAGCCAUGUGCUCAAUAUACUUACCCCUUUUUUUGUCCAUUUGAAAAGAAAUAUUUUACAGGAAUGUGCUUGACACCUGCUAAAAACUAUUGUUUGGUUUGUUUAAAAAAAGAAAUCGACAAGCAAAAUGUUCCUCCUAAAAAGUUUUAUACAGUUAAAAUAUACAUGCUUUAGCAUUUUACAUUCAAGGUCUCCUAAGUACAAAAGCCUGCUUUGCUUUGUUAUGUAACACUGAGACACCAAAUAUGAUUUAGUCAUUCUUCAUUUAAAAAACUACAACUUUUUACACAGGCUUUUAAAAUUUCAUAUGGAAAGCAAGUCACGUGCAGAACACCUGAUGUACUGAC